AUGGACGAAUAUUCGAAGGGAUGUCGAAAUCCGAUACGACCCAUUUUCUGCAAUGCGGCACUUCGUGAGCAACACCAACUACUGGAGAAGGUAAUUGGCACGUCACCAACCGAUCGCGACUCGGUGGAUGGUAGUGCAACGCAUGACGAGUUUCGAAUAUGGGCGACAAUCCUCAGCAGAUUCAACGAUUCCAGGGACAUCUUUCCGAUUACCAUCGAGUUCGAGGACUUGUUGUGGUUUGGUGUUUCGAUCCGUCCCAAUUGGCGACUGAUUAGCGCACACAAGCUGUUCCGGAAUGAAGAUGUUCCCGAAGGGGAUCCGCUGUGUGCAUCAGCGCCGCGACUCGAGAAAGAAGGACACAGCGAUCUCACUGCCGACGCAGCGAAGCGUUUAGCUUCCGCAGAGGCAAUACCGACGCGGGAGAUUAUUGAAGACGUGCAACAACCCAAGUUCCCGUUUGUUUCCCUCGGCCAGGACCGUGACAAGAAUAGCAAGUCGAGCAUCUCAGCGAUCACUCUGUCUACGCCUGACUCGUCCGUACCUGACUGGACAGUACCGCACCCCAGAGGUGCUCUCUCGGAUCAUCUACAGUUUAUACGGGGCAUCGACUGGGCAAAUACACCAUUAGGAGCUAUGAACAGAUGGUCGAUCCAGUUCCGAGAGAUCGUCUGUUUGGUCAUGCGCAACCCUCACCCGUCUUCUGUCUUUUGGGGCGAGGACCUGACCAUGCUUUACAAUGAGGCCUAUCGAGACGACGUGACGGGCGAUAAACAUCCGGCUUUGAUGGGAACCGGUUUCUCAGGCCCCUUCGGUGAAAUGUGGCAUGCGGUUGGUCCUGUAAUUCGCGAAUGUGCUCGGACAGGCCAUGCGCAGCUAAACCACAACCAGCCGCUACCCAUCAUGCGUUACGGUUACAUGGAAGAGUCUUUCUUUACUUGGUCUUUUGUUCCGGUCUUUGGUGGAACAGAGCGGGUCUUGGGGUCGAAACUCAGUGGGCUUGAGCCAAAGAUACUGGAACUGCUGACUGAGAUGCGAACUGUAGUCUAUCUCAACGCUUUUGAUACCACGGUUGAGUCGAUCAGCAGUAGAAGAAUGUGGUUACUGCGAUCCCUCGGGGAGCGUAUGAACGCCACACGUACUGUUAAAUUCUGGAUAAGAGUGCUGGAAGGCCUGAAUCACAACGAAUACGACGUACCCUUUGCGCUUCUAUAUACCGUUACCGAGGCAGACGACAUUGAAAAUGGUUCCUCGCAUUCAGAUGCAACGCCAACGUCUGUCAAGUCAUGCGUGUUCGAAGGAUCUAUCGGCGUGCCGAGAGGGCAUGCAGUGUCUCCCGAAAAAUUCAGCUUCAAGAACUACGAUGGUAUCUUGACACCUGCUUUUCGAGCAGCUACGCAGACCCUGGAGCCCAGGAUGUUGAGCAUCAAAGACCAUACGCUUCCACAACCACUGUUAGACAUCAUCGAAUGGCGCGGUUACAAGGAUCCUUGUAGAGAGGCAAUAGUUCUACCUCUACGACCAACCAAUGCAGACAACGUGUCUUUCAUCGCCAUGCUCAAUAGACAGAUCGCCACGUCGUUGGCGUCAGUACUGCUUUUCGAAGGUGAGGUGCGGCAAAGCAAAGAAGUCGCGGAGAUGGCUACCCUACAAAGAGAACAGAUGUCUCGACAGCUCCAACUUCAGACCGGACGAAUGCGCCGAAUGACCGAACUAUCGCCCAUGGGCAUGUAUCUAUUCAAUCCGGAUGGACUUUUAUUGGAGGCGAACGAGAAAUACUACGAGAUGACAGGUGUCUCACCUACAGGAACCAAACUACCUUGGACUAUUGAGAUGAUGGUGGGUGAGAGCAGGCAAGUGGCACAAGACAUGUGGAACUAUAUGAUAACUCACCAUAAGCCAGCAAGUCGUGAGCUACAAUUCGCCAAUUCGACAUUCCAGCCCCGAGAUAUCGACGGUUCACUAAUUGAAUAUUGGGUCCUCUCUGCUAGUCAGCCAGAGCUAAGCCCCGAUGGUGAGCUGAUCAGCAUCAUGGGCUCGCUCACGGACAUUUCGCAUUUGAAGUGGGCGCAGGGUCUGCAAGAACGAAGACUACGGGAGGCAGAAGAGGCAAAGCGUCAACAGAACGAAUUCAUCGACAUCACGUCGCACGAGAUGAGAAACCCGCUUUCCGCGAUCUUGAUAUGUGCCGACGAUAUCAAAGAUACUCUGACGCAGUAUCAAUUCUCAUGCACUGGCGAUCGAAAGAUGGCCCAGGACUGUAUCGAGGCUGCUGAGAACAUCACUCUUUGUGUUCAGCAUCAAAAGUCGAUCGUCGACGAUAUUCUCACGGUCUCAAAGCUGGACUCGAAUCUUCUCCGCAUCACUCCAAUUCCAGCGCAGCCUAUCAUCGUUGUACAGCGGUCUAUGGCAAUGUUCCGUCCUGAAAUACAAGCCAAGAACAUUGACUUCAAGUUCGUUCCACAUCGGAGUAUCCGCGAUCUCGACAUUGACUGGGUCAUUCUUGAUCCAAGUCGACUCCUUCAAAUUAUCGUCAACCUUAUUACCAAUGCCAUCAAGUUCACUAUGGACGCACCAGUUCGCUCGAUCACAGUUCAUGUCUGUGCUCAUGCGGAAUCGCCAGACUUUGGCGUACCAGAAGGAUUCCAAUUUGUUCCGCCAAGACAAAUCGUGAGCGAAUUCGGAAACGGCGAGGGUUGGGGCUCAGGCUCGUUUGUCUAUCUUCGGUUCAAUGUCCAGGACACUGGAUGCGGUUUGUCGCCUCAGCAGAUAUCGCUGCUAUUCGAGAAGUUUGCGCAAGCUUACGGCGGUAGCGGUCUCGGACUCUUCAUCUCGCGCCAACUUGCCGAGCUUCACGGCGGUCAAAUCGGCGUCUCGUCACAAGCUGGCGUCGGCAGUACUUUCGGGUUCUACUUGAAAUGCAAACGCAUGAUUGCAAAAAAACCUACGAUCUCAACGGAUACAGUGAAGCACGCUCUAGACGCCGAACACGCGGCAUCUUCGCGCAAAAUCAGCGCCGCAGCUGCGAACCAGAACUCCACAGCGCCCGCUGCCACGCCUAAGGAAGUUGAGACCCCGGUACAAGCACAGAUUCCCCGGCCCACAAACGACAAGAAAGACGAAGAAGAAGAUGACCGACUUCACGUUCUUGUCGUCGAAGACAAUCUAGUCAACCAAAAGGUACUAGUGAAACAGCUCACAAAAACUGGCUGUGUCACACAUACCGCCGAUAACGGCGUCUGGGCAUUGAAGCAUCUCGCGAAAACGAGAUUUUGCGUUGCUGAUGGCAUGCCACUCACCAUCAUUCUCAUGGACUGCGAGAUGCCGGAGAUGGACGGCCUCACCUGCUGCAGGAAGAUACGAGAGAUGGAGGAACGGAAAGAGAUUACGAAGCAUGUGCCAAUCAUUGCGGUCACCGCGAAUAUUCGAGGGGGACAGAUGGAUGACGCAAAGGAAGCGGGUAUGGAUGAUGUUGUGGGAAAGCCGUUCAGGAUUCCGGAUCUCUUGGCGAAGAUGAAGGCCUUGCUGAAGAAGCUAGAGGACUGA